AUGGUGGCUCCAUUCUUGGGAGCUUGCACAAACCUAGAGAGAGAACUCCAGAAUGGUCACAUUUUCCUGGCAGAUUAUGAAGCUCUCCAGGGUGUUCCUGCUAAUACCAUCAAUGGAAAACAACAAUACAUAGCAGCUCCAAUGUGUCUACUGUGGAAGAAUCCUCAGGAUAAGCUUGUCCCAAUUGCCAUCCAGUUAUCUCAGACCCCUGGAAAAAAUGUUCCCAUCUUUUUGCCCAGCGACUCGGAAUAUGACUGGUUAUUGGCCAAGAUCUGGGUGCGUAGUGCUGAUUUCCAGGUACAUGAAGCUGACGCUCACCUUCUCCGCACCCAUCUCUUAGCUGAGGUCUUCUCAAUUGCAACUACGAGGCAACUUCCAAUGGGGCACCCAGUGUAUAAGCUUAUAAUUCCACACCUUCGCUACACACUGGAAAUAAAUACCUUUGCAAGAACGAAACUCCUCGGACCAGGAGGCUUCUUUGAUCAAGCCUCUGUGACUGGGAAUGGAGGAGUCCCUGUAAUUCUGAAGAAAGCAAUGGCUGAGGUGACCUAUAGCAGCCUUUGUCUCCCUGAUGAUAUAAAUGGCAGAGCAAUGGAGCACGUUCCAAAUUACCUGUACAGGGAUGAUGGCAUGAAGAUCUGGGAAGCUGUGGAAAGCUUUGUGUCCAACAUCAUUAAUUACUAUUAUACAAGUGAUGUGAUGGUCAAGGAAGACCCUGAACUUCAGGCCUGGGUAGCUGAGAUCUUCAUGGAAGGAUUCCUGAAUAAUAAGUCUUCAGAAGUCCCAUCUUUCUUGGCAACCAAAGAUUCUGUUAUCAAAUACCUGACAAUGGUGAUCUUCAGAUGUUCUGCUCAGCAUGCAGCUGUCAAUACUGCUCAGUUUGACUUCUAUUCCUGGAUGCCUAAUGGCCCCACCACCAUGAAAAGCCCCCCACCCAGCACCAAAGGUGUCACUACAAUGGAGACUAUUUUGGAGGCAUUGCCGGAUGUAAGCAGUACAACCGGUGGCAUAAAUUCUGUGUGGGUUCUCAGCAAUGAGCCCAUGGAUAAGAGGCGUCUAGGAUAUUACCCUGAUGAACGUUUUACAGAGAAGACCCCACAAGAGUUCAUUAAGAAGUUCCAGUAUCAACUGUCUGAGAUCUCCAAAUGCAUCCAGGAGAGAAACAAGACUAUGCAUCUUCCCUAUAUCUAUCUGGAUCCAAGUGAGAUAGAAAACAGUGUCUCCAUUUAA